AUGGAAAUAACGAUUGAACAACGCUACGCGAUAAAAUUUUGUGUCAAAGUGAACAAAACUGCCAAGGAAACCUUCGAUAUGCUUCAGGAGGGUUAUGGGGAGGCUUGCAUGUCCUAUUCGCAGGCAAAAAAGUGGCACAAAGCUUUCAAAGAGGGUCGUGAGGAUGUCACCGACGAGGCCCGGUCCGGACGCCCUUUAACCUCGAAAACGGACAACAAUGUGAGUUGUGUGCGCGAAUUGUUGAACUCAGACCGCCGAAUGAGUGUUCGUUUGUUGUCAGACUCGUUGAACUUGCCGAAAACAAUUGUCCAUGAGAUUGUGUCGGAAGAAUUGGGCAUGCGAAAGAUUUGCGCAAAACUUGUGCCCAUAGUUUUGCCCGAUGCUCAAAAAACGCAUCGCUUGGAAGUCUCCAAGGAGAUGAAAAAAAUGUGUAGGGACAACCCUAAUUUUUUGGACAACGUCAUCACUGGAGAUGAGUCAUGGAUAUUCGAGUACGACCCAGAAACGAAAAGACAGAGUGCGGAAUGGCACACCACGGCGUCGCCUCGCCAGAAAAAAGCUCGAAUGAGCAAGUCACGCGUGAAAUCAAUGCUCAUUGUCUUCUUCGAUGUUAAAGGAGUAGUGCAUCACGAGUUCGUCCCACCUGGCAAGACUGUUACGGGUCAGUUCUACAAAAAAGUGCUUCAACGGCUGAAUAACCGCGUCACCCGCGUCCGAAAGCAGAUCAAAAAUUGUUGGAAACUCCAUCAUGACAAUGCACUGCCUCACACCAGCUUUGUUGUGACCUCCUACUUGACCAAAAUUCGCGUCGACGCGCUUUCCCAGCCACCCUACAGUCCCGACUUGGCCCCGCCCGACUUUUUUUUGUUUCCUAAACUGAAACGAGAGCUGAAGGGGAAACAUUGGGACACCGUGGAAACUAUCCAGUCUACUACGACGUCACUUCUAAAGAGCUUAUCGGUCGAGGACUUCCAGGGAGCCUUCAAUUCAUGGAAAUCGCGCUGGCAAAAGUGUAUCGACGCAGAAGGGUCGUACUUUGAAGAUUUUUAA